GGGAGUGCUCACUCACUCCCUGAGUGCGCAGACGCAGGGGCAGCGAGUGGACAUUUUGGUCUUUGUCCGCGGGUCAGCACGGCCGUCGUGUCCACGUGGCGCCAAAAAGCAGCUGAGGAGUGAGAAGCACACAACAACACCCACAUCUUGGCGAACAGACUUCAAUUUUUAAAAGGCAAAACAUUGUUCAAAGCUUAAAGUUUUGAGCUUGAAACAUAGUUUAGAUUUAAACAGUUGUAUGGGAACACAUCCUCUGCUUUAUACAGUUGGAAGUCCUCCACCAUAGCCUACGCCUGGUAAGAAUGUCUUAUAAGUAGAGUGCGGUGUGGAAAUGCCUGCAGUUUGUUAGUGGGGAGCACAGAGCAGAGGGAAAGCCGCUGAGUUUCCAGAAGCCGGGAAGCGUUUACUGAAGUGUCCGGUCUCCCUGAGCAGAGAAGUCCUGCUGAGAGGAAGCCCUGUGUCUGUAGCUCAGCUGCAAAGCCCUGAGCCGGAUGGCGGCGCGCUCGGCACUGCUGGAGGAAAGCAAGUGAACUUCGCAGAGACAACAUUGGCUAUCAGUUAAACUUGGCCUGGGAAGAACGUUUGUUCUGAUAAAGCUCUCUUAAACCUCCUCCCUUGCUCUGCAUUUGAGUGAGCAGGCAGGCACAGAAAGAAGCCCUCGGACUGUAAGAAAUGUGGAAGCAUCCUCAGUCAAGAGCAGAGCCUCGUUUGUCUGGACUUCCCUAUUGCAGAGAAGCGCUGUGAAUGAGAUCACUCUUCCACUCAGAUGUCACAGCUCAGCCAGCAGAGAAUCUUAAGCGGGGGAAGCCCCUUUGCCUGUAAGGUAUGUGGGAAACUCUUCAGCCACAAAUCGAAUCUUACAGAGCACGAACAUUUCCAUAGUAGAGAGAAACCGUUUGAGUGUAACGAGUGCGGGAAAGCCUUUAGCCAGAAACAGUAUGUCAUCAAGCACCAGAGCACUCACAGCGGAGAGAAGCUAUUCGAGUGCAGUGACUGCGGAAAAGCCUUUAGCCAGAAGGAAAACUUGCUUACGCAUCAGAAAAUUCACACUGGAGAGAAACCUUUUGAGUGCAAAGAUUGUGGGAAAGCCUUCAUUCAGAAGUCAAACCUCAUCAGACAUCAGAGAACUCACACGGGGGAGAAGCCCUUCAUAUGUAAGGAGUGUGGGAAAACCUUCAGUGGCAAAUCCAAUCUGACGGAGCACGAGAAGAUUCACAUCGGAGAGAAGCCCUUCAAGUGCAACGAGUGCGGAACGGCUUUUGGCCAGAAAAAGUACCUGAUAAAGCACCAAAACAUCCACACCGGGGAGAAGCCGUACGAGUGCAACGAGUGCGGCAAGGCCUUCUCGCAGCGCACGUCGCUGAUUGUGCAUGUGAGAAUCCAUUCAGGCGAUAAGCCUUACGAGUGCAAUGUAUGUGGGAAAGCCUUCUCUCAGAGCUCAUCUCUAACCGUGCAUGUGAGGAGCCAUACGGGUGAGAAACCCUACGGGUGCAAUGAAUGUGGGAAGGCCUUUUCUCAGUUCUCAACCCUGGCCCUGCAUCUGAGAAUACACACAGGUAAAAAGCCUUAUCAGUGCAGUGAGUGUGGGAAGGCUUUCAGCCAGAAGUCCCAUCACAUUAGACACCAGAAAAUCCAUACUCAUUAAACGCCCUGAAUAUCUUCAGUACGGGGAAGUGUUCAUUAGGAAUUUAUACCUCAUAGCGCAUCGUUUGGUCACUCUGGCUAAGCACCAUAAAUCAGCCAAACAUUUAACAGAAGAUGUCGUGAACACCGGAGAAUUCACAAUGAAGGGAAAGACAUGUGUAUGAUACAGGCCUGCAAUCAGCGAAUGCAGCGGUGGAAAAGCAGAGCAGUGCUGAACUGUGAACACAGUCGUCUGCGGUCAAGAGUGGCAGGCAGGCAGGCCUGUUGUGACGGCUGUCAGUGUGGAUCUGCGGGUUGUCACUAGUCCAGGUACCGAGGACAGACGUUAUAGAGUGACACUGUCCAUUUACCAGGACUUAGAACAUGAAAACACUUGCUUCAGCUGAACACCAAGACGACGUUUGGAGGUGAAACCUGCACACCACAAACUAUAACCGAUAGUAAAAGUCAGAUAUAUGGGGGGUAUUGAAAGCAGAAAUAAAGAAAUGCUAUACUUUAUACAAGGUUGACUUUGGGAGUGGGAAAACAUUCCUUGUAAUAUUUGAAAAUACUUAGAAAUUCUCAUGAGUAUUUAUGCUCAGGAGGUGAGGCACUAGGAAAUUGACCAUGACUUAAUUUAGACUAGCCAAAUGUUAGAACUGAACUGCCUGUUGGAAAUGGAAUGAGAAAAUUUUUGGUGGACUGUUACGCAGACAUCUGGCAGAUGGAACAGACGAGGUGUGUGCGUACCUGGAAGGACUCUGGAAGUGAUGUGAGGGAAACUCAAUGUACAGGAUGCAUACAGUACAGUGACUUUCAAGUUAAAAUUUCCUUCUGGAAACUCAGUGUAUUAUGGUAUAAAUACAUGUAAAUGUUGAGAUGCAUCAGAAGGAUGCAGACCAACGCCUGAGAGAGGAUGGCAAGCAGUGGGAGGGACGGACAGAGGGAGGGAGGGAAGGAGGGAGGGCUUAAGCUUUGAUAUGAGCGGUCAGGCUCUUAAAGACUGCAAGCAAAUAGAUGAAGAUACUGGCUACUUUUCAGUUGUGUUAUAUGAAUAUCAUGUCUUAUUUUUUGUACUUUUCUGUAUUUUUCAAAAUAAGAAUGGAGGUAAUGGUGGGAACUCUGCACCUGUAGAGAUGUUAUAGUUGACUAAUUCCCAAUCAAAUACUAAGCUUUUAUAGAGAUAUUUCUAAAACUUAACAAUGAGUGGAUGGACUUGGCACUCUAUGUAAUGAAAUUAUCUAUUUUAUUAAAAUUUAAAAUGACAGCAUA